CCCCUCGCCUCCACGUGGCUUUCUUGGGGAGGGAGUACUAUAUUAGGACCUCCAGAAGGCAGGAAGCCAGCGCUACGCUCCCUCCCUCCCAGCCAAGCUCUUGUUCUCGUCGCUGCCAGGAGCGAAAGGGGGCUCCUCUUCGCUCUCCUGCCUGCUAGGCUCGGGGAGGUACCUCGGCUUGUCUCGGCGGCGGGCACUUUCGGAAGGACAAAGGAGCGGGAGGCAGAGGAGGCGUUCAUGGGGCGCCUCUAGAGCGAUGCGAUCUUCUGCCGGGAAGCGGCGGUGGCGGCAGCCAGCCCUCCGCAGGCGAUCGGAAUCCAGAAAGGAAGCUUAGAGCAGGAGGAAGAAUCUUAGUCUACCUCUUCUGGAUGCUGAAAGUUCUCAAAGCAGUUGACAAAGAAGAGAGAACAAUAGGAAGAGGAAGGCUCCAUUCCUCAAAAGACUCCCAUUCUGGAAAGAAACACAAAGUGAACACUAGCAACACCAGUGGAGAGAUGCUGUGCUGGGCUGAAUAGGAACAACUGUUCUCCUGAACAGAACCACCACAUUAAAAGACACAGAAGAUCCCGGGUCUGAGCCUAUUCCUCUGUGCUGAAGAACUGCCGUCUCAUCCGAGGAUAGGAAGGAAUAAACGGGCAGCUUUGGCAAAAACAAGGGGAAGAAGUGGUGACCUGCCAUGACAGGGGGAAAUCCAUCAACAGUAGACCCAGUGUUCAGCAAAGCAUCCAAGUGAAAGAGGCUGGCAAGAGUUCUUUGAAAUUCGAUUUGAGCUGGAGUCUGGGCUGAGAGGAAGAAACCUUUCCUGAAAACAGAGAGACUGGAAGCUUUUAUAUUUCAUGCCUUAAAAGAAAAAGAAAAAGAAAAAGAAAAACAUGAUUGUCUAUCACAACAGGUACACAGAUCAGGAAGUCAAUGCACCCCAGGCAGCUUUUUGGCUUGCAUAUUCCUAUCAAAAAGAUGAGACACUGGUGGGAACAUUACAGAUUGACAGAAGAAAACAGACAAGUCCCUGCCCCAAGCAGCUUACAGAGUAGAACUGAGGAGAAGACAGAGGAGGAUAUGGAAAAGUCAUAGGUGGCAGAGAUGUUUCAUCAGCUUCCAUGAGCAAGGCUUGACUGUUGGUUGUCGGGAAUGAGCUAAUCAAUGGCCCUAAUGAGAUAAUUUUCAAGCAGAAGUGAUAUUUUCCUUUACUUAGUCCUUUUUCAUUUCAAGUUUCUCCUCCCACAUGGAUUUUUUAAGAAGUGUCUUUGACACUGUUAAUCAUUUCUUCCCAAUCUGCCUGGGUGGCAAUAGGAAAAUUGUGCUUGUUCGUUUUGAUUAAAUCUUUGGGGGAAGAAACUAGUAGUUAUUUCCAGGAGAGCUGCAGAAAAGAAACCUGAGUCCAGAUUCUUUUUUUCCUCUUUUUAAAAAAUUCUGAAGGAAGAGAAGGAAGAGACAAUCCACAUUUGCCCUCUUUUAAAUGGCUCAGAUACACAGGGGGCUGUUCCAUUGAACCACAGAGAUAAUUUAACUGAAACUGGUGGCCAAAAUAAGACUGGCAGGAGAAACCACUGCGGCCUCCCCGCAUACCUCAGUCAUCACAUUUCUCUUGGGCGGCCAGGCCAAGGAAACUGCGAGGCAAGAUGCUCGCCGUCAGGAAGCGAAGCCUGAAACUGUUUACGUUUGCCUUACUUUUCGUCAUCACCAUCACCUCGUUCUUGCUGAACUACACGCACAACACCAUCACCGUCACUUGGGACCCCAAGCAGAUCGUUUUCCAGUUUUCAGAGCAGUUUAAGAAACUGAUGAAGUACUCCAGGCGGCCCUGCGGCUGCAGCACGUGCGUCUUCGAACAAGGGGUCUCGCUCUGGUUCGACGAGAGGUUUAACCAAACUAUGCAACCUUUCCUGACCACAGAGAAUGCCUUCAUGCCUGAAGAGAGCUACAAGUGGUGGCUGAAACUGCAAGGAGAAAAAAAGCCAAAGGGAAUCAAUGAGACUAUUCAGGAACUGUUUGAGAUCAUUCCCGGAGAUGGGGACCAGCUUCUGGAGAGAGGGUCGCGGUGCAGGAGGUGUGCUGUGGUGGGGAAUUCGGGGAACCUCAAGCAAUCUCAGUAUGGCCAAGAGAUUGACAACCAUAACUUUGUCUUCCGAAUGAACAAAGCCCCAACAGCUGGCUAUGAAUUGGACGUUGGCAGCAAAACUACCCACCACUUUGUCUACCCGGAGAGCUACAAAGAACUGGCAGAGAAUGUCAGCAUGGUGGUCAUCCCUUUCAAAACCUUGGACCUGCGCUGGAUCAUCAGUGCCCUCACCACAGGCACCAUCAACCACACGUAUAUUCCAGUUCCACGAAAAAUUAAAGUCAACAAAGAUAAGAUCCUGGUUUAUCAUCCCAUCUUUAUGAAAUACGUUUAUGACAACUGGCUGCAACACCAUGGGAGAUACCCAUCGACAGGCUUCCUGUCGAUUAUAUUUGCCCUUCACAUCUGUGACGAGGUGGAUCUCUAUGGCUUUGGAGCAGACAGCAAAGGAAACUGGCAUCACUACUGGGAAAACAACCCAUCUGCUGGGGCUUUUCGGCAGACAGGUGUCCACGAUGGGGAUUUUGAAUCUAAUAUAACAUUGACUCUCGCCGCAGUUGACAAAAUCCGUUUCUUCAAGGGCAGAUGACCCUGGUUACAGAGAGUACUGUGAUUCCCAGCUACAGACAUUGCAGAUGAAUUUCUAACAAAUGAAGCUUGUUGGAUCUCAAACCUCAACUGUUGGGUUGGAUUGCAAACAAUAUUGAAUGGCUCCAUCUUUUGUCUAGAAGACUCUGAUGAUAUUUGAAGAACAUGGGAAAGCCCCCUCUUAAAUAGUGAUGGGAAAGGGACAUUUCUGUUUCAUGGUAGUUCUUUGCAAGAAAGUCUUUAAGAGAUGUUUCAAUCCCGCAAUCCAUGCAGAAGCUAAAGCAAAUUUUUUUCUUUUUUCGAAGAAUGAUGGAAUGCAUUCAGAAGAAGUGCAGAGCAAAAAGGAUACGAAGUUAAUAUGAUUUCCAUCCAGAUAACAGUGGAUGUGAAACAUCCUUUCCAUUCAAGAUUACCUCAGAGGAGCUUAGUCCAACUCUUGAUCAAGCUUCCUAAAAAGGCCUUCCGGGCCGGCUCCCGCUUGGCACCAAUCUCUAUUUGCUGGCACAUGGGAAAUGAAUCUGGAUGAAACCCUUCUAUAACCAUUAUUAAUUUUUUGUUGUGAAAGAUAUAUCAUUCUUCAUAGCCAUAAGCAAGGGGGAAAGAGAAGUUGUAAAUGAUGAUUUAAGAGAAUGGAGUACACUAGCCACUUUUAUUUACUUUUUUAAAAUGUAUUUCCGACUGCAAAAGCAUCUCUGGACUCUGUUAUAAAAGCAGAGAAAUUGAAUGAAGUUAUUUUUUCUAUAUCUGUCAUUGACAUGUGCCUUUCGAAAACGUCCAGAUGAUAGAGGUUGAGGUUUUUGGUUUGUUUGCUUCUUCCUGUCAAAAGACUGAAAUCCGUCAGUGAAACUUUUUUUAUAUGAAAACAAUUGACCAAAGUUCAAGUCUGCUUAUUUUAUCUGUUUCUAUCAACAGCUUCUUCACUCUACUUGAAAAAUUCAAAACAACCAUGUUUGAGGGUGGUUUUUUGGUUUUUUUUUAAUUGUGAGGUAAAUAUUUUGCCUUAUUUUAAAAAACAAAAACAUAUCAAAGAAGAUAUAUGCUUCUACUUUUCACAACGAUAACAGAUAAUUUCUACAGAAAAAGUCCUGAAGUGGGAAGAACAGGACCCCGCAGUGGGGUGUGAACUAUGGGAGGUGGUUGAGGUACACCAGACACACAAGCAUUAAUCUUUAUGUGUGGAUGUGAGAAUGAAAUCAAUUCUGAGAGACAAGCUAAGACAAAUAAACUAAUAUGGCUGUUGGUGGUUCGGUCAGCGUAUAAAGAACUGCUGGUAUUUAAUCAAACACAAACUAGAAAAAAUCCUCAGCAGGAGACAGCAACUUAGGUUAUUGCCUGGCAACAACUAGAAUAUUCUAGAAAACACUGUCUUGUGGAGGACAAAGAGAAUCACAAGGAAGGAAACACCACAGGAUGAAACCAUGAUGUUAAGAAAAUGGCUGCCAAACAGCCCAUCUUUCAAAAAAUGGAGAUGGAACCACUUUAAAAGUACCUCAUGUCAAUAGACAUGGGGCCCACUGAUAGCUAGCCCUCAGGCCUGGGGCAAUGUGGUAUCUGAGUGUUUCUUCACACACAUUUGUCCUGACAUGUAGAUGGUUAAGCCAUCAUAUUAUCUAUUCUUUUUUUUAAAAAAAAAGUCUGCACUGAAGUCUUUAGAUUCUGUGGUCCAGUUACCAACUUUGGUCACCUCUUCUGUGCCUUUAACAGCAGCUUCAUUCGCAGUCAUUAGCAGGUGAUAAUGCUUAUCUCCAAGCUGUGAUAACAGUUACUUCUGAUUUUGCUGAUCAACCUGCUGUUACAGACACUUUGAGCUGGCCAAACCAACAUUUCUGGUCAGUUGGCAACCCUAUUCUGUGGAGAGCAAACCCUAGAGACUAUAGCCCUAUUCACAUACUAUGUUCAGAACUAGUACAGUGAGUGUACAUUGUACACAGGUACAAUUAUUCACACAAGUUGAACACAGGUGCAGCAGGAAACUUCCUAUCCAAAUGCAAGUACCAUGCAUUUGAGGGACUGUACCUCGAUUCACUUUUUAAAUGAACAGAGGUACAUUCAUUCACACAAAAACAUGUUGUACACUUGUACAAUAUAAGAUCUGAAUGGGACUUCUGUUCAAGUUUUGUUUAAGAAAUCAUGGCCUGAACUUGUAGCAUAGGACUAAUGCCCAAUUAAACAAAUCUGUAGCCUGUUUGUGGCUAUAGAUCAUUGAUCUGGCUCUAUAUAAUCUGAACAAAUUCUGGGAAUCUGGAAGAACUUGAAAAACUACCUACUUUAUUCCUAUUGCAGUAUUUGGGUUUUUAGCAAUUUAAAAAAAAAAGAAUUGAGUUGGAAAGACAGAAGGAAGGGAAAGAACAUAUAAAGCAAUGCCGGUAGAGACAGUAAUGGACUGGAGGAGGACUAUGAAGGAAGACAGGAGGUUCUAUAAGGCGCAGAAGUCCUGGUGACUCAAAGCCUUACUCAGAGUCUUGAAAGGUUUCUGAACAUUCGAGAUCUGUUUCUUACAGUUCUGAAACCUCAUUUGAUCAUGAGGGCUAGAAACCUGUAAAAAUUGUUCUUAGCAUUCUGUAGCAGUUACUGCACUGCAUACUUGGUCUUGAUUAGAGAUCAGACUGACACAUCUUUUUUUUUUUAACUGCAUAGUUUGCAGAAAUCUGAGAGGGAGAGCUUGUCUUGCCAUAAAGAUGCAGUGGUAUAGGGAAGUCUCCCAUGCUCGAUUUCUGCCCAACAUAGCAUAGGAGCCCCAUUUUUAAAAAAAGAAAAAAUUUGCAACCUUCAUUGGUGGGAUUACCUUCCCUCCACUUGACUUCAGUGCGGUAUGAAACUUAUUUUCAAAUAGCUGCUUGUUUGGUUUUCUUUAUUUUGUAAUGGUUUGAAAUCUGUGGGUGUGGUGUUUUGGUUUUUUUUGGGGGGGGUGGUUUUUUUUGUAAUUUUAAAGAAAAGAAAGAAUUUCUGGUUAUCAUUUUCGAUAUCAAAGUAGAUUUGUUUGUUGUGGAUAUCUUUUCUUAUUCUCCCUUGAGGUUCCUUUUUUAGCAUUCGCCUUUCCUUUUUUCCUUGUUCUCCUACCAUUUGAUAUUGCAGCCUUGAACAAGCCCAAUCACCUGGAGUCUCCCAAAUGCUCCCCUCUUGUGGCCCUGUUCCCACAAUGGUCUUAGGUGUUGCUGGGAAUUUCCAUGCAUCUUCUUUUUAGCUUAGGCUUUGUGCAUUUGUAUGUCUCUGAGGAAGAAACCACUUCUGCAUUGACCUCUAGGUGGCACUGCCCAAAUGUUUAAUACCUGAGGCCCAACAGUAUGUUGAAGAAUGCUGGAGACACGCAUCACACUCAAAUCUGUAUGUGUUUUAUUGAUCAGCUGCCAGUAUAGUGAACAGGCAUGUUCCUUGCAACUGCAGGAAAGCUCAGUUAAUAUUGCCUCCCCACAGGUGGGACUAUGCAGGCCUGUCUCUGGCUUCCGUGGGGCUCAGGGUGAAAAUAGUUUGCAGGGCACCUGAUGAUGAGUCAAUACUGUUCCGGUCCUGCCAGACCAACAAGAGUCUCUCUUGCAGUGUGGGGCCCUGGGUGCUCACUCCCCAGCCUUCCCUUUCAGAUAUCCCUGGGACUCUGCCUUCUGAGCAAUGGGGGAUCCCUCUUGGAUUCCUCCGCAGUUUUAAUCUGUAGCAGAGAAUCUCAAAUGCAUCCUUGCUCCCUGAGAAUGUCUAAAUAUUUGCAGAAGGGAUUAACACCUCAUGGGUGCAUCCAACAUGGCGACUUAGCUUUUCAAGGCAUGCUUCAGCCCUUUCGGUGACAUAACAGUCUGGCUGUCACUUUCUUGGAUGGCAGGGCUUCUGUGCAGAUUAUCAGAAACUCAGGGAGCUAAGAGACAAGAUGACAGGAGAUCUGUGAUUAUUGUUUUUUUUGUUUUUUGUUUUUAAAGAGCCAGUGCAGCAAUUCAAAUAGCUCCAGAGUAGUUAUUCAGACUGGGAAGACACAGGAGCCUCACCACCCCUGAUGCAGAACAUCUUAGGCAGUUGAUCUUUUAUACAGGGAAAUGUUUGCUUUUUCCAUAUACGUAGUUUCCAUCUGGUCAGGUCACUGCACUGUAAACUACUGCUUAAACUCUCCAGAGAUUACCAAAAACAGCUUAAAACGUAGCGAGAAAAAGAGGCUAGUGUUGCCAGCUGUUUUCUUUUCUCUGUGCAGGCAGCCUCAGCCAUGAGAAUGGGCCAGAUAAUGUUUUUCCUUGAGUGGAAAUAAAGGCCUGGGAGAAAAGAUCACCAGCUAAGUGCAUGUGUCUUUUUUAAAAGGUGGGAACCCUGAAAGCCAUUCACACAACACUCUUAGGGCAGAGUCAGAUGACUGCUUGCAGUACGUCAUAGGAAACCGUCAGUGCCUGGUGACUGAGUGUGUGCUCACAGCAUGGGCCUGUACUCCUGCACAUUUCCAUGUCCCAGAGAUGUCAGGUUGCCAAUAUUCCCUCCACCACCCAACAUUUGCUGCCGUGCUUCAAAUGUUAGUUGCAGAUGUCUGAUGGCACAGGGAACCUGACCUUGGCCACCCAACAUUUCUGGAUUCAGAUGACAUGGAAAUGCACCUUCUUUGUCAUGAACCCUGUCGCCUGUUAUGAUCUUCUGGAGAGGUCUGGUUACGGUUGUCGCUGGCUUGCCUGGCGGCGACCCAGGACCGGGCUUUCUCUGUGGCUGCCCCAGGGCUUUGGCAUAUGCUCCCUGCUGAAAUAAGAGCAUCUCUCUGUUGGUUUUCAGGAAGACCCUCAAGACUCACCUGUUCUCGCAGGCUCUUAAUUAGAAUUAAUUUUAAUCAUUUGUUCUAAUAACUGUUUUAUGUGAUUGUGUUUGUUGUGUUUCGUGGAUUUCAAUCUGUGACCUUUUUAUAUUGUUUUAAACUUUGCGCACCGCCUAGAGAUGUACAUAUCAGGCGGUAUAAAAAUAUGAUGAAAUAAAUAAGUGAGCAGAAGUACUGGCUCAUGCCCACAAUGCAUUGCUAGUACCCUCACAUGCAGUGAGUCAUCUGAACCUGCCCUUAGAAUCACUCACCACUCAUGUACUUACGUGCACACUGCUGGAGCAGCUGGUUUCAGAAGGUGGCCAUUUUGUUAUUGUUUGAUUCUAUGUUCCAUUUGUAAAAUUCAGGUGACGUUUCUCUUUGCAGUACAGGACUGCUAUAAAAAUUAGCAAGGCAGACGGGCUGUGCAGCUACAGCCCCCUUCCUGCUAUGAACACAGACAGGAUGUCUGUCUGUGCCCUGUGCCUUGAACAGUCAUUUAGUCUGCGUUUAUUGGCAGGUAAUAAUGCUUAUCAACAUGCCAUGUAAAAAAAUCCACCUGCUGAUUUCUGCCAACCAAGCAGCCUGUUAAGGGCACAGGAACAGGCCUAGAGAUUUUGGGUCAGUUGGCAAUCUUAAUCAUAGAGUUUUGCUGGGGAGGCAAGGAUCCUAAUCCUAGAAGCUCUCAGCAUUCAUGUAGACUUUUUUAAAAAAACAAAACACCAAAUUAACUGGAAGUAUAUGGCCCGGCUUCAUAAUCCAGAGCUGCAUUUCUUACCAACACAGAAUGCUGUAUUUAUUUUGUGUGUGUGUGCGUGUGUGUGUUUUGAACAAAGCCAAAUUCUUUGAACACUUUGUCUAUUUGCAAAGUAUCUUUUGUCUCUUAUUUUUAUCUUAUACUGCUGUUUUUAUGCUCACUCUUUCCAAAUGAAGGAUCACUUGUACUUUGUUGACACCUUAUUUAUUGCUCACAUUUUCAAUACGAUACAAAUGACUUAAAAUAAAUUUUUCUAUUGUAA